AAUACUUUGCAUCGCAUUUGUUGGCUGCUGCGGAGCGCUAACCGAAAGUUUAUGUUGCAUAUGGACGUACGCCACAUGUUUGUUGGUACUUCUGGUGUGCAAUGUGAUAAAUUUAAUAUAUAUAAACAAAGCUGAUAGCGCAGAACAUGCACGCCAUGACGUCAAUUUGGCGUGGCAGCAUAUGAAAGAAGGUAGCGAUGUAACAAUGCAUUUGUACCAAAGUACGUUGGAAUGCUGUGGCAAGAUAAAUUAUAAUGACUACACCAACGCAGGUAUGCUAAUACCGAUGAGCUGUUAUAGGGACUACACUAUGAUGCCUGCAGAUUUAUACCAAACGGGCUGCUUAGCUGAACUCACCGAUAGUUACAACACUUCCUAUAAACACAUGUAUAGCGGCAGUUUGAUCAUAUUUAUCAUUGAGGCCGUUUCUUUAGCGUUUGCAGUAGCUUUGGGUGUUAUUUAUCAGCUGGACUACUAA